CAAGAACAAACAGGUGAGGCAGUGUCACAGAGCAAACUUUCAGGAAGAAGAAGCCAACGACACUAACUGUUCCCAGUUUAACAAUCCAGUGCUGACUGAAAGUCCUACUUCAUCUUAACUAGCCAAGAAGCAAUCAGACGAUCACCAGAGCGUGCAGCCGACGGACUUCCUUUGACAGAGGCCCCAAGGACGCGCCCACUGCUGAAGGUGGUUACAUACCUGCGCACAGAGAGCUCAUACGACAAGAAGCAAAAUAUUCCGUCGUAAAUCAUGGCGAGGUUAAGUGAGCAUGGGACUGACCCGAAUUCUAUGAGUCCUUCCUUCCUGAACAGCAACACCACAAGUCAUACCUGGCCUUUCAGCGCUGUGGCAGUUCGUAGCAAUAUGACGGAGUUUUGGAAGGAGCACUCUAAGGCUGCCACAGUGGAAGAGAUGAUGCUGGAUUCCCGUGCCAAAGAACUGACUCAGCAUGAGCUACAAGAGAUCCUCAACAUGCUGCCUAGUCUGGAGGGAUGCAAAGUGCUGGAGCUGGGAGCAGGAAUUGGUCGUUACACCAGGCACCUGCUGACCAGGGCAGCCCAUGUGACAGCUGUGGACUUCAUGGAAAGUUUUAUUGAGAAGAACAGGCAGGAAAAUGGCCACCACAGCAAUGGUACCUUCCUCCAAGCUGAUGUCACAAAGCUGGAUUUCCCCCAAAACAGUAUUGACUUCAUUUUUUCCAACUGGCUGCUGAUGUAUUUGAGUGACGAGGAGCUGAACUCUGUUAUGGAAAAAAUGCUUACCUGGCUAAAACCUGGAGGUUUUCUUUUUUUCAGAGAGUCCUGCAACCACCAUUCAGGUGACUGCAAGAGGGACUUCAACCCCACCUGCUACCGUACUGAGGCGCAAUACAGCCACAUCACAUCAACAGUUCAAGUGGAAGAGCCAAAAGAAGGCCGCAAGUUUGGUUUCGACAUUGUCUUGAAAAGAAGUGUUCAAACCUACGUUAAGAUGAAAAACAAUCCAAAUCAAAUCUGCUGGCUGCUACAGAAGGUCUCUCGCUCCUCAAACAGCCAGAAUGGAUUCAAAACCUUCCAGCAGUUCCUGGAUAACCAGCAGUACACCAGACGUGGCAUCCUGCGCUAUGAGAAGAUGUUUGGGGCUGGUUACGUCAGCACAGGUGGACCCAGCACCACCAAGGAGUUUGUGGACCUGCUGAACCUGAAGCCAGGACAGAAGGUUUUGGAUGUUGGUUGUGGCAUUGGCGGAGGAGACUUCUACAUGGCAAAGACUUUUGGAGUGGAAGUGCUCGGCCUCGAUCUGUCAGACAACAUGGUGGAAAUUGCAGUGGAGAAAGCGAAAGCUGAGAAUCUUCCAUCAGUGCAGUUUGAGGUGGCUGAUGCUACCAAAAGAACGUUUCCAGAAGGUUCUUUUGACGUGAUCUACAGCAGAGACACAAUCCUGCACAUAGAUGAUAAACUGGCCCUCUUCAAACGCUUCCAUUCAUGGUUAAAGCCAGGUGGGCAGUUGCUUAUCAGUGACUACUGCUGCGGGAAGAAGCCCUGGACACCAGCAUUCGAGGCCUAUGUCAAACAGAGAUGCUAUGUCCUCUACACACCCUCAGAUUAUGGCAAGUUCAUUCAGGAGGCCGGUUUCUGCAACGUUCGAGCCGAAGAUCGCACAGCCCAGUUCAUCCAAGUGAUUAAGACAGAGCUGCAGAGAGCAGAGGCCAUCAAAGAAGAAUUUAUUAAGGAAUUUUCUGAAGAAGACUAUUUUGCAAUAGUGAAUGGAUGGAAAGAAAAACUGGAACGUUCCAACAGUGGAGACCAAAGAUGGGGCCUUUUUCACGCCACAAGGGACUGAGUUGUUGAGGCUAAGGAUGUAGGAGAUAAUAAAGAACCAAAAAACAAUGUUUCUGAAGAAAA